GCGGUCUCCAUGGUCAAACCACACAUGGUCAAGGCUGUGUGCACUGACGGCAAGCUCUUCAACCACUUAGAGACUAUUUGGAGAUUCAGCCCUGGGAUCCCUGCCUACCCUCGAACCUGCACUGUGGACUUCUCGAUUUCCUUUGAAUUUCGUUCUCUGCUGCACUCCCAGUUGGCGACCAUGUUUUUUGAUGAGGUUGUCAAACAGAAUGUUGCUGCCUUUGAGCGCCGGGCAGCCACUAAGUUUGGUCCAGAAACAGCCAUCCCCCGCGAACUGAUGUUCCACGAAGUGCAUCAGACCUGAGAGGAAGGGCAGCUCUCUGGCCUCCACCCCUUCCCACCCAACUUUAUUUAUUCGGCUUGGCUCUUGCUCAGAGAGAGGUCUAAGUUUCACCUCGCGAUCUUCCCAAACUGGGCUGCAUGCUGGUGGACAUGUGGGAAAGAUAGCAGAUAUGGAAGUGAGAUACACAGAAAGGGUCAGGAGCGUUCUGACAGCCUCAUCUGCCCACAGCCGUUAGUUUCACGCUGAAUAAAAACCAGGGCUGUGGUCUCUGGGCCAGGUCAAGCGAAUAUAGUAGUAACUUCCUUACAGAGGUACUGGCUGGCAGGUAACUUUUACCCUGCUAAGAUUUCUCAGGAGAAAAGGCAACCUGCGUCAGCUCAGGAACAUGUCACACUGUCUGACAGGUGGGAAGGGAGGACCUGCUUCACCAUCGUGCCACAGAGCAGGAGGAGGAAUUCCAUCACAGUGUGGUCUAUACUGUAGGGAUGAACCUUUUUCUUCCACGCGGCCUGAGUUUUUAUAAAACUUCAAUAAAUUGUGACAGUGUGAAUUUG